GUUUAUUACUUCAUACUAAGCUGUAUGUUUCCAAAUUUUUCUGGUCAAGUCCGAGCAAGUUGCGAAAUUUCUCAUUUUUAUGCUGACUAUUCAAUCAGUGAAGUUAGUUCAUAAACCAUCAUGGAACUGCAGCUGAAAGGUACAAUAAAUGGCGUGGACUUAAGUCAUACGAUUGAUGUUGACUUAUCAACAAAUGAAUUCAGCAUAGGACGAUCAGAGAAUAAUAGUUAUGCUUUCCCCUCUAAUGUGAAGUUUGUGUCAAGGGUUCAGUUCAUACUGAAGAAAAAGGAAAAUAAAUACAUCAUAACAGAUAAGAGUCGGAAUGGAACAUUCGUUAACAGAAAGAGAUUAGCUCAUGAUGAGACAAUAGAAUUGAAAAAUGGAGACGUUAUAUCCAUGAAUGCAUCGAUUUCGUUCGUUGUUCGCCUCCCAAAUGAAAAUUUAAAAAGGGGAAGCAGUACUUUAGAUAGUCCUUUUAAAGUGGGCGAAGGGCAAGAGGAAGAGAAAAAUGAAGGUGAAAGCGCUCACUCUAAAAAGCUGAAGUUGGACAAAGCCGAAGAUCUUUCAGAAGAAAAGGAUAAAAUUAUUGUUGUGAAAGAUAAUGACAAAACAUCAGCAGAAAUAAACGAAAAGAUUGAAAACGUUGAUGAAGCUGAGUGUCAAACUGGCUUCGAAGAUGACAGAAAAGACGAAAAAAAGCGUACGUGUAAAAUUGAAAAACAGACUUCAUCUGUAAAAGAGAGUACAGUCAAAAAUGAUGAGGAUAUUAUGAGUUGUAUUAUAUGUCAAGAAUUAUUAUACGAUUGUGUAAGUGUGAUGCCUUGUUUACACGUCUUCUGCGGAGGUUGUAUAAGUCUAUGGUUGGAGAGAAAUAAUACUUGUCCCCAAUGUAGAGUAACAAUAAAUCGAGCGUCUCGUUUUCACUUUCUUAGAGACUGUAUAGAAAUGUACUUGAAAACUCAUCCAGAACGGGAGAGAAGUGAUGAAGAUAAGAAACAUUUAGAUAGUCUAAAUACAAUUGGAAAUGAUAAAAUUAUCACUGAUGAGAAGGUACCAUCACCAGCUUCACCAGAUUCUUCGGGUUCUUCUUCUUCUUCAAGCAACACCAACGCUUUGCCAGAAUCUCAUGCAGCAAGCGGUGUUAGUUACUAUCCCGCUGCACUUAAACCUUCCCGUUGUCGUCAGUGCCCUGGAGCCAGACCAGAUUCCCUAAUGGAUGUACCUGGCUGUUCUAAGAGUAAACUGUAUAAGUUUAGAGUAAGAAUGAAAUUAUAUACAGGUAAAUACCCGAACUCUGGCACAAGAUUGAAAAUCUUGGCCUCUAGUCUUACCGAAUUUUCAAUUGACGAGAGCUUACUGAAAGAACAAUUAAAAGAUACAGGUGAUGAAGAUGAAGAGGAUAGCUUCUCUUGUUCAAAUGACCAAGUGCACACGCUGUGUCAAUGUUGUUUGCAAUUGUUCCCUAAGCGAAGCAGUGACGUUCAACCUAUUGUUUCCUGUAGUAUUUGUUAUAAUUCAUUUUGCCACGCCUAUUGGGGAUGUAAGAAAGCAGGCUGUAACGGUUGUAUAGGCAGGUUGAAAGAUUUAAAAUUUCAAACAUCUGCUUUGGAUAAAAUCAUAUUAAAUAACGGAUUUGAAUCAAACAUACUAAAAAAUUAUUUAGAACAAGAGAAUAAAAGUGUUGAAGAGCUAUGGUUGGAAUUAAUGGAAAUUCUUGGAAAUGGUGUAUUAACUCUAAACAGAAGUUUAUGCGGCCGCGAUAUAACAAGAAGACCAAACUGUUGGUACGGAAGUGAAUGCAGAACUCAGGGACAUAAUGUGCCUCAUGCUAAAGCCUAUAAUCACGUCUGCAGUCGGUCCAAAUGA